AUGAACACGACACGAUCUCAAUAUGUGAUUCGCACCCUCCAGCGGCUGCCGUCGCCGGCGUCGACAACAGUUACCGGCCCCGCGCAGCUAGCCCGGCACUCCAGUACUCUGCGCGAGUCUUCGAAUAGAUCGACGCGAGAUACCUCCAACAGAUUUUCCUCUGAAUCGCCAAGAAGCACUCGCCGCGAAUCCUCGAAAAGGCCACCGCGAGAUUCCUUUAACAGACCUUCUGCCGAAGCGCCGAGAGCAUUUCCCGAUCAAGCUUCAAGCACACCUCGAGUCAACAAACUCACCCAGCAAUUCCUCGAGCGACUGGACAUCGGCUGGCCUAUGACGAAGAAUAUCUAUCAACGGAUUCCUAUACCCCAGAAUAUGGCGGCGGCGCAGUACUUUGUGUGCAAGUUCUCGCUGGACCAUGUGAUGGAACAGUACGACGCGGCAGACUUCGUGAUGCAGACCCAUGAGGAGAAUCCGCCGGCGGUGAUGCACGGUUACACGUACGAAAAGAAGAAGAAGAACGAACCGGUGUGGCAGUGGUACACCGGGGUCCACAAGUUCGGAAAGGCAGGCAUCGUCAUCCGUUCUCAGGCCAGGUUCAUCAAGGCGAUGAGGACGGCUCUAUUCGUCCAGGGCUAUGACAAAUACGGACGAAAACUCCCGUCUAAUCCAGGAGGUCCUGAUCUGCGAGGCACCUUUCACUUCCAUGUGAACCUGCCGCAGGAGUUCUGCACCCAGGUGACGAUGACUGAGGUUCAAGAGGCAGUGAAUUAUUGUCUCGAUUACUUCCUCCACAAGUCACAGUGGACGGGAGGCAAGUUCCAACCGUCAAUGGAUUUAAAGAAGAGCUUGCAGUCGAGAUGGGCGUCGAAAAAGGAGAUGAGCAAGCCCGAUCCAAGCUUGAGAGGGCUGGUGUACCGACCUUGGCUGAGGAAGAAGGACAUGAUCGGAGGACCACGGCCCAAAGUGGAGGAUGUGCUCCCGCGGCCAGAAGAUGUUCCCCCGAUGAGUAGCGUCCAGGGAAAGCCAUCUCUGGAGCAAUCGCCACAACCACCACCGAAAGAGACUCCGGAGAAACUUGAGUCGGCCGAGUCGACAGAGGUACCGAAGAAAUGGUCGUUUCCUGAGAUCAAGAGAACCAAGACCUUGACAUGGAAGCGACCACAAGAUGUUCCCCCGGUGAGCAACGUCCAGGAAAAGCCACCUCUGGAGCAACCGCCACAACCACAGAAAGAGACUUCGGAGAAACUUCAGUCAGCCGAGUCGACAGAGGCACCGAAGAAAUGGUCGUUUCCCGAGAUCAAGAGAACCAAAACCUUGACAUGGAAGCGAAAAGACCCAAGUUCCUGA